AUGUUCAACAGACGUGCCCUCAACGAGCUCGCCUACCCUAGAGACGAAUACGUCAUCUCGACCAAGAUCUUCUUCGGUACUGGACGCAAGGAGCCCAACACCCGUGGUCUCUCCAAGAAGCACGUCAUUGAGGGCUUGAAAAGCUCCCUCAAGAGACUGAACCACGACUACGUCGAUAUCGUCCUGGCCCAUCGUCCUGACAACGCAACUCCUAUGAAGGAGAUUGUCGAGGGUUUCACCCAGGCCAUUCGCAACCUCAACCUGGCCUACUACUCAACUCAGAUCGCCGAGAAGUACAACCUUAUUGCACCCAUUGCCGAGCAGCCUCAGUACAAUGCCUUCCACAGACAGCGUUUCGAGGUCGAGUAUGCCCCUCUGUACGAUCAGUUCAAGUACGGCACUACCAUCUGGUCUCCUCUUGCCUCCGGUCUUCUGACCGGCAAGUACAACGAUGGCAUUCCUGAGGAUUCUCGCUUUGCCACCAACAAGGACUUCUUCGAGAACACCGUCAAGCAGCUCCAGAGUCCCGAGGGCCAAGCCAAGAUCGAGAAGGUCAGAAAGCUCACUACCAUCGCUGAGAAGCUCGGUGGUACCGUUACCCAGCUGAGUUUGGCAUGGGCUGCAAAGAACCCCAAUGUCUCUACUGUCAUUCUUGGUGCUACCAAGGUCGAGCAGUUGGAGGACAACUUCGGAGCCCUGAAGCUGCUCGAGAAGUUGACUCCAGAGCUCAUGGAGGAGAUUGAGAAGAUCCUUGACAACAAGCCUGCUGGACCCGCUACUUUCGGUCGCGACAGAUAA